UGCCAACAGAUGUCAUCAAUAAAUUGUCUCAAAGCACAUCAAACAUCAGACAAACUGAAAAUUUUUCUAGCUCGGGAAGAACAAUCCAACUAAAUUCUCGAGUUAAGCCAAAACGACACAACUGGUCGAGUUAACUAUGGGAUUAUUGUAUUCGCAACGACACCAUUGAUUAAACUAAAUAUUAAUAAUGAACCAAGAAAGACUGCCGAAGAGGUGAUUACUCUACUGAAUGAGAUAGAAAAAGAUCGCGAAAAUAUAAAGAAAACUAUUAUGCAGGGAACAGAUAUCCAAUCGGCGAUAGAAUUACUUGACGAACAAAUGAUUGCGUUUUCAUACGAAAAUGAUAAGGAUAUGAUUAUUAAGAGACACUGUCUUGUUUUAACAGACGGCGCGAAAAAUGCAGGAGGAAGUCCAAGUAAAGCCAGAAAAAUAAUAGAAAUAAAAUAUGCUUACAACCCACCAGAGUUUUACAGCAUCACAUCCUCCGCACAGGAAAGCAGUUCAGAAGUCAGGGAGAAGCUCCAACAAAUUGCGUCGAAGCACGAAAAUUUUAUUUAUGUUGAAGAUUUUUAUAAAUUACACAAAUACGUUAAUCAAAUUACAGACGUUGAAGAAGAUUACAAUAGUUGUGGACAAGCAGGCUAUGUUGGGAGUGUGAGAAAUCUGUCCCCGGGAGGACGAAUACGCGGUGGCGAAAGAGCGGCCGAACGUGCAUGGCCUUGGCAGGCACUCAUCACAUCUUACAAUAAAAUUCUCCUGGAUAUUCCAAGCUACUGA